AUGAAAUCACUUGUAGGAUCAAUCUUAAUAUUAAAUUAAUGGUAUGGAUUAGUAAUAAUAUCUGUUUUAGUAUUAGCUUUAUUAUGUUUUUUAAUUGGAUUAUUAGUUGUUGGAAGUUAUCGUAGAAAAGAUACAUACAAUACUUAAAUAAAAUCUGGUGGAUAUCCAGAUAUGGGAAGUGGCUUUUAUUCUCAAAGAUUAGAUUAUCAUUCGUGGUUGAUUUUCAAUAAAUCUUAAAGAACUCAUCUUUAAUUUGUUGAAAUAUUAACAAUCUCAAUUGUAUCAACACUUCUUGGAGGAUUAACUUUUCCUAUAACUUCAGCUGUUAUGUGUUUUGUAAACGCUUUGGGAAGACUCUUUUAUUUAUCUUAUAUUUCAUCGAAAGGUGCAUCACAUCCUUUGAGACUUAUUGGUGCAUUAAUGAGUGAUAAUUAUCCCCUUUAUACUAAAUAUUUUGCCUAAAUAAAAGAAAAUUAUAAAUUUAUAAGCGAAAUAGGAUAAGGAGGUUUUGGUAUUGUUUUUUUAGCUUAUAAUAGAAUAAACAGACAUCUUACAGAAAACGAAGCUGCAUAAAUUAUGAGAUAAUUAUUUUCAGCAGUUUCAUAUAUACAUGCAAAUAAUAUUGUACAUAGAGAUUUAAAACCAGAAAAUUUUAUAUUAAAACAUGAAAACGAUAUAAAAAGUAUGAAAAUGAUAGAUUUUGGACUUUCUUAAAUUUUUUAAAAAGGAUAAAUUUUAAAAUAAUAAUCUGGAACUCCUUUUUAUAUUGCCCCUGAAGUAAUAGAAGGUUAAUACGGAGAAGAAGUUGAUAAUUGGGCUUUAGGUGUAAUAUUGUACAUAAUACUAAGUGGAAGUCCUCCUUUUUAUGGAAAAACUAACUAAGAGAUAUUCUAUAGAAUAAGAAAAUGUUAAUAUAACUUAAAUUUAGAGGAGUUUUAAUAAUGUAGUCUUGAAGUAAAAGACUUAUUAACGAAAUUAUUAGUAAGAAAUCCCAAAAAAAGAAUUAGUGCAAUGGAAUCUUAUAAUCAUGUAUGGGUCUAGUAAGAAGUAAGUAGAGAAAUGGCAAAUUUAGUAAUUUCUUAAAGUGCCUUUAAAGGUUUAGAAAAGAUUUGCAAUUUAAAAUAAAUUAAAAAAACUUUGCUUGUUUACAUGGCGACUUAAAUAUAAGAAAAAGAUGUCGAGAAUUUGAAAAAAAUAUUUUUAAAAAUUGAUACAAAUGGAAAUGGUAUGAUAUCUGAGGAAGAACUUUUAUUAGGAAUAUAAUAAUUUAAAAGAGAAUUAAAUAUAGAAAUAAAUGAUGAUUAAGCUAAAAGAAUUUUCUAAGCAAUGGAUUUUGACAAUAGUGGAUAAAUAGAUUACACAGAAUUUAUUGCUAGUUUUAUAAAUAAUCCAGAAUUUCAAAACGAUUAAUUAAUAACAUAAGCUUUUCUAAAAAUCGAUUAGAACAAUGAUGGAAAAAUAUCUAGAUAAGAAAUACAAGAAUUAUUAUAAAAUAAUAUAAUACCAUUAGGAGAUUAAGAAGUAGAAUAAUUAAUAAAAGAAGCAGAUUUAGAUGGCGAUGGAGAAGUAUAAAAUAUAAAAUAAAAAAUAUAUAAAUAUAUAAAUAUAAAAAAAAAUAUAUAUAUAAAAAUAUAUUUAUAUUUAUAUAUAUAUAUAUAUAUAUUAUUUAAAUAUUGA